GAGGUUUAGAUGCGAGAGACGUGAAUCGUCAGUCGCUUCGUGUCUGGCCUGGUCGUCAGGUGUACGUUUAUUUGCUCUCUCUCGGCCGGCGUUUUCGUCGUCAUGGCUACCCUGGGUGAAUUGGAAUGGGGCGACGUAGUCGUGAUCGUCGUCUAUUUCAUCAUUGUGAUCGGCGUCGGAAUCUGGAGUUCCAUGCGGAGUAAGAGGCACAGCGUGAGCGGAUAUUUCCUCGCUUCUCGCAAGAUGCAUUUUAUCCCGGUGGGGGCGAGCCUAUUCGCGAGUAACAUCGGAUCGGGCCAUUUCGUGGGGUUGGCCGGAGGAGCAGCAGCACAGGGCAUCGCCCUCUCCGCCUUCGAAAUCAAUGCCAUGUUCGUGCUCAUCAUCCUCGGCUGGAUCUUCGUACCCGUCUACAUGUCCAGCGGCGUAUUCACCAUGCCCGAAUAUCUCAGGAAGAGAUUCGGGAAACAACGCAUCCGGGUCUAUCUCUCCGUCCUCGCCAUCCUCCUCUACAUUUUCACCAAAAUCUCUGCGGAUCUGUUCGCCGGGGCAGUCUUCAUCGAGGAGAGCAUCAAAUGGGACAUGUAUUCGUCCGUCAUAGUCCUACUCCUCCUCGCUGGGUUCUUCACCAUCGGUGGAGGCUUGACGGCCGUCAUCUGGACGGAUUUCGUCCAGACGAUCCUCAUCCUCAUCGGAUGCAUCAUCCUCACCGUCCUCACCUUCAUCAAAGUCGGCGGAUACCAGGCGCUGGUGGAAAAAUACUUCCACGCGAUCGCAAACGAAACGUAUAUAGAUCCGUUCUCGGGAAAGGAAUGCAAUUCUCCUCCUGAAUAUGCCAUGCACAUCUUCCGAGAUCCGAGCCCCGGUGCAUCAGAUCUCCCCUGGACGGGUCUCAUCUUCGGCCUCACCGUCUCUGCCGUCUGGUAUUGGUGUUCCGAUCAGGUACCACUUCGCAGAUCGCACCCAUUUCUCUCUCUCUCUCUCUCUCUCUCACCCACCGUUCCUCACUCCCGUUUCGAUGCGGAUCCACAGGUGAUCGUCCAGCGGGCCCUAGCCGCCAGAGACAUGACCCACGCCAAGAGCGGGUGCAUCUUCGCCGCUUACUUGAAAUUUCUGCCUAUGUUUCUUCUCAUCUUUCCCGGCAUGGCCGCUCGCGUCAUCUUUCCCGAUGUGAUCGGCUGUUCCAACCCGGAUCUGUGCGAGUCCUACUGCGGGAAUCGGAACGGUUGCUUCAACAGCGCCUACCCCAAACUCGUGGUCGAAAUCAUGCCGCACGGAUUGAGGGGUCUCAUGCUCUCAGUCAUGUUGGCAUCCCUCAUGAGUUCCCUCACGUCUAUCUUCAACUCUUCUUCCACCAUCUUCAGCAUCGACAUCUGGCGAAGGAUCCGAAGGAAUGCCUCGGACGUGGAACUCCUUGUCGUCGGAAGGUGUUUCGUGGUGGUGUUGGUGGCCGUGAGCAUCGCGUGGUUGCCCAUCAUCCAGGCGUCCAAGGGAUCGGGUCUCUUCGACUAUAUCCAGAGCAUCACGUCCUUCCUGGCUCCACCCGUCUGUGCCGUUUACGUGCUGGCCAUCCUGUGGGACCGCAUCAACGAACCCGGUGCCUUCUGGGGUCUCAUGUUUGGACUCUUCGUCGGCAUCAUCAGAUUCGUCCUCGAGUUCGUCUAUCCUCCUCCCACCUGCGGUAAGGCUUUAUCCUUGAUCUUCUCGUACGUCAACCGCUACUCUAAAUAUGCAGAACGGAAGCAAAAGGAGCAUCUAGCCAUCGAUACUAACAAUGAUUCCAAUGCAUUUUAUCGAUGUCUGCGUCAAGAAACAACAUUCGGGAACAUAGAUGAGCGACCGAAGACCAUCAAGACCCUCGUGGGUGAUUUCCACUACCUCCACUUUGGGGUCUUUCUCUUCGGGCUUGUCUGCGUCGUCACCAUCGUCAUCAGUCUCCUCACUGAGCCCAUCAACAAAGUCCAUCUGCCACGACUGACGUUUGGGACACGGUUUAGUCGAAGGGUACGGAUUGACCUGGACGAGUUGGAUGUGGAUCCCGAAGAAGAAGAACAGCAAAGGCAGAAGGAAAAGGAACGACGCCAACGCCGAGCGGAAUCGGGAACUCAGCCUCUCUGGAGAAGAGCCAUAGACUGCAUCUGUGGCUUAGAUGCACCCGAUCCUGAUGAAGAAGCUCUCGAGGAGAGCCAGAAUAAGAUGAGCAAGGAGCAAGAGGCUGCCAAUGCUGCCGACUUCCUCUACGAGCCACCCUUCUGGCGAAGGUUGGUGAACAUUAACGCCGUCAUCUGCAUGACGUUUGGCAUAUUCAUCUUCACCUUUUAUGCCUAAGAAUGGAAUGGUAACUCCUAUCCAUCCUUUUUUGUUAUAAAAUGCCUGCCAAAGAUGGGAUGAUUUGUCUCAUUUAGCAUCCUUAGAGACUUUCACCACGAGGCCACGAGUGAUUGAAAUAUCGAGUAAAUACUUUCUAUAU